AAUCCGGCUGCACAGGAAGUCCCGCAGCACCAGAGACAUGUCCGCUAGUUAGCUGCUGGUUAGCACGCUGGCCGAUAUUUUUCUCCCGAAAGCCGACACAUUCACCUUGAAGGCAGCAUUAUUUGGAAGUUAAUGGUUUUCCGGGGCCGCGGGUUGUCAACAUCAGCGCCAUGUCGGACAAAAAGCGAAGAAGAGAGAAAGACGACCGACGAGACCAGAAGAGGCACAAGUCCUCCAAACAGGAUUUGGAGAAACUCAAAACACACACGAAAAAACUCAACCAGGAAGUCCAACAGCUGAAACACGUUGAUACGUUCUAUGAGAAACCUCCACCGGGACUCAUCAAGGAGCACGAGGACAAACCCGAGGACUGUAUCCCUGCUGAACCAGGAAAUGAAGAAGCCCGCAGCUUCCUGGCAAACGCCCCCACCAGGGGCCUGUGGAUGCCUCUGGGGAAGGAGGUGAAGGUGAUGCAGUGUUGGAGAUGUAAGAACUACGGCCACAGGACAGGAGACAAGGAGUGUCCGUUCUUCAUCAAAGGCAACCAGAAACUUGAGCAGUUUAGAGUGGCUCAUGAAGACCCGAUGUACGACAUUAUUCGGGAAAACAAAAGGAAUGAAAAAGAAACCAGGAUCCAACAGCUGCAGCAGAUGCUUCAAGACACCACUUCCUCCAGUUCAGACAGCUCCUCUUCCUCGUCCGACCACCAUCGUAGCAAGAAAAGGAAAAAGAGGAAGGACAAAAAGAAGAAGGACAAGAAGAGAAAAGGGAAACAAAAGCACAAGUCCUCCAAAACCACUGACUGCUCAGAUUCAAAUUGAGUGUUUGGAACAUGUACUACAUGUACUUGUAUACGACGCGCUGUAAACACAGGAAGAGACGGCAAUGGUAGAGUGUUCGCCGUAGUGACGUGUGUUCUGCAGAGUGCCUCAGUAAGAACUGCACUCUGAAGACCUGUUUAAGCCUUGCCUCUGCUGGUUGAAACUGUAACACUAAGUCUGCUGCACAUGACUUCUCCCAGACGUUUAAUUCUCUCCAGGGUGACAACUCUCAUUUGCAUCCUCUCUGUUGGAUCGUACAACAACACAGAGCCAUAUGGCCCUCCUGCUUAAGUAAGUUUGUGCAUAUGUGUGUCAAAAAGCAUUAGCUGCAUGUGUAAUGAAUCUUAAGUGAUAUGAAAUAAGCCCGCUGGUGUAAGAGAUAAUGUUCUUUAGCGGGGUCCAAUAAGAUGGCAUGUCAGUAAAUACAGCGUGUUAUUAAGAGAUUGUAUUUUCCACCAUAUUUUUUAACCCCGGCCACCUCGCUCGUAUUAAAUACUUUGAUUGUAGAGUGUGUUAAAGGCGGAGAGGUGGGGGGGGGGGAAAGGCAGAAUUAGUACAGUUAUAGUUUGUCUUCCACGCAAGCCUGAAUGUUUGAAUGCCUGUGACUGUACAUAAAUAUUUGAAAUUAUUUGAGGUUUGAAUAUGCUUAUUUGCUCUGGAAAAAAAAGCCACAGACAUGGGAAAGAAUGUAUGUGAAUGUGCUCCCUUAUUCUGAGAAUAAAGAUGUCUCUCUCUCCAAUGUUU